AUGAGAGUGCUCAUCGAUACUGGUUCUACACAUUCUUUUAUUCGAGCAUCUAUUUUAGGUUUAAUUAGACAUGGUCCGAUACAAACAAACAUGAUUGAUCUUUUUAUGGCUGAUGGUCAUACACCUUUUCCUGUCCUUGGUGAAGUAUCGUUAAAUUUCAACAUCAAGAAUAUUCGUACAAAAAACAAAGUAUUGGUUGUGAAAGAAUUAUGUUGUGAUUGCCUGGUUGGAAUUGAUUGGAUUAGGAAUAACUCGGUUACACUUGACAUUUACAACCAACAACUAACUGCACGUAGUGGUAAUCGACAAGCUACAGUUAAACUGGAGACCGACAUGGAAUCUAUUUCAUUUCCAGUUCGUUCAAUAAAUAAAAUAAUGAUUCCACCUUAUCAACAGGUAAUAGUUAAAGCUCAUGUACCUAUUUCAUCUUCACAGAAAACAUUAUUUACACCUCGACCACAUCUGGAAUACAAUAAAUCAAUUGAAUUACCAUCAGCAGUUCUCAACAUUCAACAUUACACAACAUAUUUGACUAUAUCAAAUCCUACGAAUCGUCGUUGUAUCUUGGCACCAAAUACUCGACUUGGUGAUGUGAUCCAAAUGGGUUCAGCUUUUACAUUAUCAACUAUCACUCGUUCAAUGUGUCCUACAUCAUCACCGAACAACAUCAUACAAACACCACCACCUGAAUCUAUAACAUCUAUUAUCAAUAAUCUGACACAACACAUUCCAAGUUUAAACGAUGAUCAACAUAAAUUAAGGACCAUCUUAACGAAGUAUUCAGCAAUUUUCGACACAGUUAAUCCAAGAAUUGCCGACACAACAUCUGUACACACCAUAAGAACUGGCGAUGCCGCCACACAAAACUCCCGUGCAUAUCCUCAGAACAAUGAACAACGUACAGAAACUGAGAAGAUAAUCGACAAGAUGCUACACGCCAAACAAAUCCGCCCCAGCAUUUCACCAUGGUCCUCACCAAUGUUGUUGGCACGUAAAAAAGAUGGAAGCUUCAGAUUUGUAGUAGAUUAUCGUAAACUCAACGCAAUUACGACCAAAGAUGCCUAUCCGAUGCCAACAAUUGAAGAAACACUACAAAAGCUAGGUGGUAAUACAUUCUUCACCAAAAUGGAUUUAGCUUCUGGUUAUUUCCAGAUCCCUAUAAGGGAAGAAGAUAAACCAAAAACAGCUUUUACAACUGGGCGUGGUCUGUACGAAUUCAACGUGUUGCCGCAGGGGCUGCGAAACGCCUCUGCGAGCUUCCAAAGAAUUAUGAACACAAUACUAGUUAACAAACGAGAAUCAUAUUGUAUUGUAUAUAUGGAUGAUAUCCUCAUUUUCUCCAAGACAUUCAAUGAUCAUUUACAACAUGUCGAGGAGAUUAUGGGGAUAUUGGACAAACAUCGUUUCACUGUGAGUCCAGCCAAAUGCAGCAUGGCUCAAUCAAGUAUCGACUAUCUUGGCCAUUCAAUAUCUGGGGAGGGUGUCACUCCGCUCGGUGACAAUAUGGCACCGAUUUUAACAAUGCCAGAACCCCGAUCAUUAAAAGAAGCUAAUCUUUUUAUUGGUGGUUUAGGCUUCUAUCGACGUUUCAUUAAGGAUUUCGCCAAGUUAGCGGCGCCAAUAUAUGCAGUUACGAACAAAAGCAAGGCACGUCGUGGUGAAUUCUACUGGGGUGAUAAACAAAGUGCAGCUUUUCAAUCUUUGAAGAAAGCUUUAACAUCAAAACCAUUAUUUCUCCAUUUUCCGGAACCAAAUCAACCACUUCUUCUAUCUACUGAUGCAUCGGACAAUCGGAUUGGAGCCGUUCUCAAGCAAAAAUCUGCCGACAACAAAUUACAUGUUAUCAGUUAUUUUUCACAAAUGUUAUCCACCACUCAACAACGAUAUUCAACGAUUGAAAAAGAAGCGUUAGCAAUUCAUACUGCACUUGAGAAGCUUCGUCCUUAUGUUAUUAACCACGAAGUGACCAUUGAAACUGAUCACUGUCCAUUAUGCAAUUUCCAUCGACGUACUACACGCAACAGACGGAUUGAUUUUUGGUCUAUUGAUCUUGCCGAUUACAACAUCAAGGAAAUCAAAUACAAGAAAGGAUCCUGUAAUUGCGAUGCAGAUUUACUAAGUCGAUAUCCAAUUAAUGCAUCAAUUGGAGCAAUCACACGAUCAAUGACUCGAAAGGUUACCACCUCCAGCAGUCCAUCUCCAUCAUCAGAAGUAUCAAUCAAAAGUCAUCCAACACUCACAGACAAUAAUUCACCACAGGUACGCAUUUCACCUAUUGAUUUAAGUAGAAUUCGUGAAGAGCAACAACAUGAUGACCUGAUUCAAGAAAAGAUGAAAAAACCUGACAAAUACUCAAUCAUUAAAGAUGGCAUUUUGUUUCGACAAUGUAAAAACAAAUCCAAGGUACCUUUCCUACCAAAAUCACUCAUCAAAGAAGUUUUACAAGCUUUCCAUGAUCACUUAUCUGCAGCUCACUUCGGUCGAAAUCGAACAUACACCAACAUCACCAAACGUUGUUACUGGCCCAACAUGUACCUGGAUAUCAAGAAUUAUGUUCGUUCAUGUGAUACUUGUGCACGUCAUAACAUUCCACGCAACAAACCACCUGGUCAUUUACAAUCAAUACCUCCACCAGAAGGAAUCUUCGAUUUAGUUGGAUUAGAUUUUUGGGGUCCUGCUAGUGAACCAUCAACAAACGGCAACAAAUACAUUUUGGUACUGACUGAUUAUAUGUCCAAAUUUGUAAUAGCACGUGCAACUCCACACAACAAUGCCCAAACUGUAGCAGAAUUUAUUGUAGAAGUAGCCAGCACAUUUGGAGUGCCAGAACAACUUCUGACUGAUCAAGGAACUCACUUUAACAAUGAACUUGUCAAUACAAUUGCUCAAUUACUUGGUUGUCAUCAUACUCUAUCCACGGCCUACCAUCCUCAAACAAAUGGACAGGUGGAACGAUGGAAUGCCACCAUGCGUCCUCAACUCAACAAACUUACUUCACAACAACCGGCUGACUGGGACAAGUACUUAUCUGCUGUGGUUUCAGCAUAUAAUAAUGGUAAACAUGACACAACUGGUAUAACCCCAUUCGAACUUAUGUUUGGGAGAAAUCCAUCAAUGGUUUUCGAUCCUACCAAACCCAUGGUUCAAUUAUCCAAACCAUCAGAUUAUCUGGUACAUAUGCGUACUUUUAGAGCAAUUCAGAUUCAAUCAGCCAGAUCCAAUACUCAAAUCCAACAAGUACGCAUGAAACAACGCUAUGACAAAUCCCGUUCUAAUCCUCGAUAUGAUCUCAAUGAUUUAGUUUUGGUCCGAACACCUCCUCCACAACGACAUAAAGGUGCUGAAAUCUAUCAAGGACCAUAUAGAAUCAUCCAACUUAUUCACUCGAAUACAUAUAUUGUUGAACAAGUACAUACUGGUGAUCAACGACGAGUGCAUACAAGUAUGCUCAAACCGAUCUUCGAACGUAUCUAA